GCAGACGGCGGCAGCCGCGGGACGCGCACCAUGGCUAGGCGCUCGUGGCUCUCGGUGCUGCAGCUCCUCGUGCUCGGGCUCGGGCUGGCGCUCCUACGUGCCGCAUCCGGGGAGAGGGCGCCAGGCACCGCCCCCUGCUCUCGCGGCAGCGCUUGGAGCGCGGACCUGGACAAGUGCAUGGACUGCGCGUCGUGCCCGGCGCGACCACACAGUGACUUCUGCCUGGGCUGCACAGCGGCACCUCCCUCCACCUGGCGGCUGCUCUGGCCCAUCCUGGGGGGCGUCCUGAGCCUGGUUCUCGUGCUGGGGCUGCUUUCUGCCUUCCUGGUCUGGAGAAGGUGCCGCAGGAAAGAGAAGUUUACUACCCCCAUAGAGGAGACCGGUGGAGAGGGCUGUCCUGCCGUGGUGGCUCUGAUCCAGUGACCCAGGAGGGCCCUCUGCUGCCAGCAGGACCACACCCAUUCAUUCAUUCGUUCCUCCUCGAGCCAUCCCCUGCCUCUCACACAGACAGGCUCCUCCAGCUCUGGGAGUGGGAC